UGUGGCGGAGCCCGCGGAGUAAGGAGAGAGAGAGAGAGGGAGAGAGAGAGAGACAGCGAGAGAGAGUGAGAGAGAGAGAGAGCUUUUGCCACUGAUCACCGUGUUUGCUCUGUUCUUCCGCACUUCAUUUGCCUCACCGUAGACAGCUUGGAUUCCAAAAAUAAGGGUAAAAAAAAACAAAAGGAAGAGAUAAAACAAUCUCUGGAGACGGCGUCCUUUGAAAGCAGGAGGAGGAAAAAACAAAACGGCGGAAAAAAAAUCACUGGUGAGCGAGAAAAAGAAAAUCGGCGGUGCUGGGAGAGGUGUGGAGCGGCGCGCGUCGUUUCUUCGCCUCUCCUUCCAUCGCUGUUCCCCACUUUGAGGCUCCGGCGCUGAUCCUGCACAGGUGGAGCGGCGGUUUGAGAUCAGCGAGGGAGAAGGUUCCAGAGGAUCAUCAGCAGGGGUGGGCAGGAGCCGCACGUCCCCUCGACACACACACACACACACACACACACACUCGCGCACGCGCGCACGCGCUCAAGCACGCUCCCGCUUGUCCUACCGCACGCCUGUCGCCCGCCGUCGUCCCGAGCAGCCGUCCAGCCGAGAUGAGCCGGUGCAGGGGGAGGUGCCGGCGGCAGCUGGCCAAGGCGGCGCGCUACUUCUACCGCUUCCUGAUGGGCACGCUGGCGCAAGACAGCAUUGAGGACGACUUUGAGCUGUCGACAGUGUGCUGCCGGCCCGAGGGCCUGGACAAGCUGCAGGAGCAGACCAAGUUCACCAAGAAGGAGCUGCAGAUCCUCUACAGGGGGUUCAAGAACGAGUGCCCCUGUGGAAUGGUCAAUGAGGAGACCUUCAAGCUCAUCUACUCACAGUUCUUCCCACAGGGAGAUUCAAGCAUGUAUGCACAUUUCCUGUUUGAUGCUUUUGACACUCAGAAGAAUGGAUCUGUUAGUUUUGAGGACUUUGUCACAGGCCUGUCAGUCAUACUCAGGGGAUCCAUCGUUGACCGGCUCAACUGGGCAUUUAACCUGUAUGAUCUAAAUAAGGAUGGGUGCAUCACCAAAGAGGAGAUGACGGACAUCAUGAAGUCCAUAUAUGACAUGAUGGGGAAGUGUACCUACCCUACCAUGCAGGAAGACGCUCCCAGGGAACAUGUGGAGAACUUCUUCCGGAAAAUGGACCGGAACAAUGAUGGCGUUGUCACUAUUGAGGAGUUCAUUGAGUCAUGCCAAAAGGAUGAAAACAUCAUGCAGUCCAUGCAGCUGUUUGACAACGUCAUUUAAGGAUACAUUUCUUAGGAGACGGUGGAGUGGGCGUGGUCAAGCGAGCCCUGUGUGUUUGCAGUUAGGGACUCCUCCUCCUACCCCACCAAGCCCAAUCCCACCCCCACCUCUCCAUUGGCUGCCUGACAAGGAGGCUCAUCUCCCCCUUGUGUCCUCUCUCUCCUCCCCUGAGACUAGAGGGAGCUGGUGCAGGCUGACUUGCUGGGGGAGCCGAGGGAUGGAAUUGGAAUUUGUUUUACCGUUUGUUUCCUUGAAUUUAUGAGACUGCUUUGGCAUCGAAUGGACUCCUGAGCACCCCUAUUCCACACCAUCACCAAAAUCCCUGCCCUUCUCACACACACACACUCACACACACUCACACACAUACGCACACACAGGCACCCUUAUUCCACACCAUCUCCAACCCCCCUCCGCCUCCCAUACACACACACUCUCUCUCUCUCUCUCUCUCUCUUUCUCUCACACACACACACUCACACACACACACACUCUGUCACCCCUUGUCUCGGGAAGGGAGGAAGGGUAGAGAUCGACGGUCAACUUGAGACUUCAAUUACAGUUUAGUUAUUUGGCAGAUGCUCUUACCCAAAGCGACUUAGAAAAGUGCAUUUUACAUGGUACACAAACAAAACACUUGAUGAAAAUCCUUUCCCAAGGGAACCUAGCUGACCAAAAGACUUGGAUCCCGGCUGGCUUGGACACCUAACCGUGAUGACAGCAAUUUGCAGCUUGUAUUUUUUUUUUUUUUUUUGACCGCAUGAUGUCAACCAUAGAAAAUCUCAGUCUAUCAAUAUAUUUAUCGACGUGCUCCAAACCCUGCCUGCAGUUCUCCUCGUCUGUCCCUGGAUACUUCUCCAACUGUUUGCAUCACUUCGGCCUGUCUCUCCCCGAAAGCAAGACUCAUGGGAGGGGCAACAGUGUCUGCCCUCAGUCACCUGACCCCUACGGAAGAAACGAUUGGUUUCAGAUCACUGAGUCACUGGUAACACACAGUGGCUCUACCCCGUUUCUGGUUUCAGGAAGCCUCACUCGCCCAUCCCUUUACUACCCGGCACCCCGACACUCUGCAAUAGUGCAUAGAAGCAACAGUACAAAAUGGCCUAUGCAAUAGCAUUCUUGCAAUGUUUCUGUGAUGUUAUUUGUGAUGUACGACCAUACAGUAAUGUUAUGAGAAUGUAAAGUGUUAUCUGGGACCAUAAAGGAAACCUUUGCUGUAGAUGCUGGCAGACAGCAGUGGUUGUACAUACCACAAAUCUAAACUCAAAGUCCAAAAACAAGAUUUAAAAAAAAAAAUGUAAUCAGAGUAUAUGUAUUCACAUAAUUCAUAUUUAAUGAGCUGACCAAGAAAAGCAAGUGAUGUCAAAUAAUACAUAGAGAAAGGUUUCCCUUAGCUCUUUUUUUACGUCAGCACAGGACAACCAGCGCAACGGGCAGAUGAACGUAGCAAAAGCCAGGUGAAAAUGGCUUCCCUUACCGCCGUGGCCGGUACAGGUGUUCUGUUCCGUCCCCUCUGUGACCCCAAAAUAAACCCCAGACGGCAGAGGCGCCGGGUCCGACGGCGGCCUUGCCGCUGCCGGUUGCUAUGGCGAUGCUCCCGCGGGUGCGGCAGGUGCGCGGACGGAGCAGUGGCGCCUCGGCUUCGCCGUCGCCCGAGAGCCGACCCUGCGUGCUCCCUCCAGCUGUGGCCAGCCCAGAGUCCCACCGCCUGACACUUAUCAACAGCGCGCUCCUCCGUUUGGUCGCUCUUGUUGACACAAAACAAGCACAAGCCAGACGCAAAUAACCAGAGGAGAUCUUUUAUUAAUAAUCGCAGCUGGUACGGCACCUUCAUAGCACAUUCUUCUUCUGUCAGUCCAAGUCCCUGUUCCUCCCGAAGGACAUCCACUUCAGUGGUCUGCAUUCUUUAGUUGAUU